AUGGCUGAAGGGUCAAAUGGGCGGGCCUUCGCCAUCUUCGUCUCCGUGUUGAUGGUGGUCACCGGAUCGCUGAAUACGAUUUGCGCAAAGUGGGCCGAUAGUCUGAAGCCCGAGCCUAAUAUUGCUUUCAACCAUCCCUUCCUACAGGCGACAUGCAUGUUCUUCGGUGAAUUCCUGUGCCUCGUCGUCUACUUCAUGUUCUACGGCUAUCGUCGUUUCCAGUGGAAUCGUUCUAAUGUAGCAGGAGAUCACGGAUCGAUCCUCGACUUGGGCGAGGAGCCGACGUUGCCUCAAUUCAGCCCGUUCGUCUUUUUGCCGCCCGCCUGUUGCGACAUUCUGGCCACCUCGCUGAUGUAUAUUGGUCUCAACCUCACCACUGCCUCUUCGUUCCAGAUGCUUCGAGGUGCCGUCAUCAUCUUCACCGGUCUCCUCUCCGUCGGCAUCCUUGGCCACCGUUUCCAGCCCUUCAAAUGGGUCGGCAUGCUGUUCGUCACCCUGGGCCUGGUCGUUGUCGGAGUGACCGACAUCAUGUACGACGACUCGACCACCGACGACACCAACGCCAUCAUCACCGGAAAUCUGCUGAUUAUUAUGGCGCAGAUCAUCGUGGCCAUCCAGAUGGUGUACGAGCAGAAGUACCUCACGCAGUACGACGUGCCCGCAUUGUUCGCUGUCGGGCUUGAAGGUCUCUUCGGAAUGACGAUCCUCGGCUUCUUGAUGUGGCCAAUGUACUACAUCCACGUCCCUGCCACUUUCUCCACGAACCCGUUCGGCCGUCUCGAGGAUGUGCCAUUUGCCCUUAAGGAAAUUGCCGAGUGCCCAACCAUUGCCGUUGCUCUGGGAGGAACCGUCAUCAGCAUUGCCUUCUUCAACUUUGCCGGCGUCUCCGUCACUAAGGAACUGUCCGCGACGACUCGCAUGGUGUUGGACUCGGUGCGCACGCUCGUCAUCUGGGCCGUGUCGAUCCCGUUCUUCGGCGAGAAGUUCAUCGCGCUCCAGCUCUUCGGUUUCGCCUUCCUGCUUCUCGGCAUGUUUGUGUACAACGACAUCUUCUUCGGCCCAUUCACCCGCCGGAACAUCAUCCCGCGCAUGGGCGAGGAUAACCCGCUCACCCGAUGCUGCUUCAGCUGCUGCGGAGCCGACUCCCUCGAAAUCGAGCGCCAGGACCUCAUUGAUGAAGAGGAAGACCUCGCC